GCUUUACAUGUAAAAAACUUAGUUUAGGAAUAGAAAAAAAAAUCUGCAAACAAGGCAUCAACAAUAAUUUUACUACAUUAUUACUGAUAACUAGGUAUAACCUGUAGCCAUGUUUAGUUCUGGUGAUCCCUAAAGAGGGAGCCACUUUGCUUAAAUUUACAGACAUCAGCAACAUGGCUGGCAGUAUAUAUUUGACUCUGCAGAGAUGCCUUUCUCUCCGGGGCUAAAACUAUUUAUUGCUUCCGUAUUUAAAUUGUCGUGUAUGAAAUGUCAUUUAAUACAUCUAAGAAGAUGGCUGAUUCACCUACGUAUUCUGCAGAUACUAUAUAGUGGCCCUGUUGAUUAAUGUCCUGAUGCAGUUGACAAUUUUCAAGUACUAAUGGCUUCUAGUAGGCUCGACCGCCUCUUCCUCCUUUUGGAAUCUGGCUCUUCUGCUGUAACCAGACGAGCUGCUGCUAAUCAGUUAGGAGAAGUUCAACGCCUCCAUCCACAUGAACUCCACAAUUUACUCAAAAGUGUUUUAACCUAUUUAAAGUCAACAUCAUGGGAUACACGCAUUGCUGCUGGAUGGGCUGUUGAAGCGAUUUUGAAAAAAGUUCCCUUGUGGGAUCCUAUUGGUGUCUCGAACGAAAAAGAUGUCAAUGGAUCAAUUGAUGUUACCGAAUUGACUGGACGCCUGACAUGUAGUAAUUUUAAUGUUGAUAACAUUUUAGAAAACAGUGCGCAUUUGAUGGGGUCAGAGGGUAGAGAAUAUGAAACUUCCUUACAAAAUGCAGCUAAUACUAAAGAGGACUUGGAGAAGCAAAGGAAUGUUUUGAAUGAACGAUUAAAUCUAACUGCUGCUGCUGAACUGGGUUUCGAUACAAGCUCUCUUUAUACUAUAGAUGAUUUGAAAGUAGAAAUAGUUAAUACUAAUGAUGUUCCAGUGAAGCCAAAUAUAGGAGAGGUAGUUGGACUGAGCUGCAGAGAGGUAAACAGAGCUCGGAGAAAAGCAAGGCAGGCUAUGUUAAAACAAAGAUCAAAGGAAAAAAUGGGUUCAUAUCAGCAAAGCGAUGAAGAUGAAGAACCAGAAAAAAAGAAGAUAAAACUGGAGUCCAGUACUGAUGAAGAAGUUUCAUAUCCAGUUCCAGACAACACCAAUAAUUGGCCUAUAGAUACAGUAGAAUGGCCAUUAGAUUGGUUUUGCCAACAGCUGGCAGAAAACUUAUUCUCUCCAACUUGGGAAAUCAGGCAUGGAGCUGGCACUGCUUUAAAACAUCUAAUUAAAAAUCAUGGACGUUCUGGUGGAAAAUCGACUAAAAUUAAUCAAUCGCAGAUGCAAGCUGUUCAUGAAAGUUGGCUUAUUGAUGUUGCUCUCCGUCUUGUGUGUGUUCUUACAUUGGAUAGAUUUGGUGAUUUUGUUUUUGACCAAGUUGUAGCUCCUGUUCGUGAAACUUCUGCUCAAGUCCUUGGAUCUGUUGCUAAUUUAAUGAACCAUCAAAGUGUUCAUGAUAUUUUAAAGGUUUUGUUGAAAUUAUUAGAACAAAAGGACUGGGAAACAAGGCAUGGAGGCUUACUAGGAAUUAAAUAUAUCUUUGCAGUGAGGCAGGAUUUAUUGGUCGAGCUGUUUCCUUUGUGCUUUCCUAAACUGCACACAGCUUUGAAAGAUGCGAUGGACGAUGUUGGUGCAGUUGCUGCUGGAGCCCUAGCUACUUCUGUAGAUCUAAUGGCUUCCAAGUUCCCAGAACAAGCUGUUGAUGUUCUCAAUACAUUAUGUUUAUUAGUACCAGAAUUAGAUGAUCUCACUCCAGCAUCGAACACUUUUGUACCUCUUUUAGCUCAACUUCUUCUAAAACAAAAUGUCAGUUCUCGAAUUAGUGCGGAUACCGCAGUAAGUGAACUGGUGAUGAGGGUUUGGUCUUUACUGGAACAUAAUAACACUAGUGUUCGCUCUGCUGCUUUGAACACAUUAUCGUCGCUUACAGGGCAUGCUAGCUUUGCUGCUUUACUUCAACCAACUCUUAGAUAUCUAUACCAGCGUGCUCUGCUGGAGCAUCAUCAGGCAACCCAUGAUAAUGUUCAUGUGGUUUGGAAAGAAGUUCUUGAAAAAAGUAAGCUGAAUGAUAUCCUAGUUGCUGCAUGCCCAUAUAUAACAGGAUGGCUUUGUUUGGCAAUGCAACCGCCUCGCUUACCAUUUGAUCCAAGCCUUCUCAUCCAAACCAAACCCAUAUCCAAGGAAGGAACUUGUCCUUUGAAAAGUGGUCGUUGUGUGCAGGGACAAGAUCCAGCUCGUUGUGAUAUGAAACAAUAUAUUGGUGGAAAUGAGACAGUACCUGUAACUGUUCGAGAAAAGAAUAGUUCUCAUGCUAGAUUUACUGUUACAAGAAUGCUUGGAUAUUUAUCCAAGUUCAUAGUAAAACCAGCUCCUGGGAUUGUUUAUACUGAAGAAAUGGAGUCUCCUAUAGAUUGUUAUGUGAAAGUGAUACUAGUUUACUUGAACAGCAAGUCUGCACUUCAAAGAUUUGUUGUGGGCCUAGUUGUUUCUGAAUGGGCUGCCAAUGAGCCUCCAUCACCGUCUCCAAGACCACUUGUUGUCAAGUUGAUGGAAUGUCUGACUGAAACUGUUUAUUAUGACGAGAUUGGUCUAUCUUAUUCAAAAUUACUACAAGAUGUCAAGGAUUUUUUUGCUUUGUUGAAACAUUACAAAGUUGUGGCUGAUGAAAUUACCAGCGCUAAUGUUUUAACUUUAGAUCAAAUGGAACAUCUUUGUGGAACCUAUACUGCUGAUUUGCUUGAAAAAAGUAGAUUAAAACCAAAGUUAUUAGAAACACUUGAGGAAAGGAGAAAAUGUAUUCGUAAUGCAGUUACAACAACCCUCAAUGAACAGAAUACAUACCAUAUAAUGACUCAGGCAGCAUUGGCAGGAGCCAUUGUUAUGCUAAAAGAACUACCUGAAAAGCUAAGCCCAAUUGUAAAGCCACUGAUGGACAGUAUUAAACGUGAAGAAAAUGAAGAAUUGCAGGAACUGUCAGCAAAACAUUUAGCUCUGUUGGUCGAAAAUUGUGUGGAAAGAGUACCUUGCCCUAAUGCAAAGAUUAUUACUAAUCUAAUCACAUUUCUUAGAUCCGACACAGAAUUCACACCAAGGAUAUCUCCAGCCAAAGCUGAAAGCUGUUCCUUUAACAAUGAUAAAGCCCUAGUUCCCUUAGAUGAUGAUAGUUUACAGACCUCUAUCAUAACAUUAUUGAAACAACUCAAGAAUGCAGAAAGAGCUAUCCUAAGGAGAUGCCUUUCAUCUAGUGGAAGAGGCCCAGGAAGACCACCAGCAAUGGAGGUACAGCUGGAAGAUAUUAUUAAAGAAGAUAAUGCUCAGAAAAUAAAUUUAAUUCAAAGAAGAGGUGCUACAUUAGCCUUGGAAGCUAUAACCAAACGUUUUGGCCAGAAUGUACCUGUAGCAGUUCCCACACUUUGGCAAGCAGUUGUUGGUGAUUUAUUAGAAAAAAUUAAUCCAAAUACCAUUUGGACAAACAAUAUUCAGUACAAAACCACUGAAAUUGAGCAUUUAAUUGGGAUUCUACAGGUCUUGGAAGUAACUUGCCCUUCAGUAGAUAAGUCUCUCUUACCCCAAAUUUUAAAAUGCUUAAACCAUUUGGUUCGCUUACUCUCCCAUCCGUUCUCUGCUAUUCGACACAUGGCUUCACGCUGCCUAGCACAACUCGCAAGUAUAGAGCCUAAUAUAGUGAUGGAUGUAGUGAUUGAAUAUGUUAUACCUAUGUUGUCUGCUGUUAAUGAUGACACUAAGAGAAGAGGUUCUAUUGAAGCGGUUACUGUCAUUAUUGAAAAAUUACAAUUAGCUGUAGUGCCAUAUGUAUAUUUUCUCAUCGUACCACUUUUAGGACGAAUGAGCGAUCAAAAUGAAACCAUUAGAACCCUUGCAACCCAUACAUUCGCAGAUUUGAUUCAGGUUAUGCCUUUAGAAAGUGGAAUUCCAAACCCACCAAAGCUUUCUCCUAGGCUGAUGGUUUUAAAAAAUGAGCAGCGCCAGUUUGUUGAACAGCUCUUCAACCCAUCUUCCAUAACCGAUUACAAAGUUCCAGUUCCGAUUUCAGCUGAAUUGCGAUCAUAUCAGCAGGCUGGUGUUAACUGGUUGGCUUUUCUUAAUCAGUAUAAACUCCACGGUUUACUUUGUGAUGAUAUGGGACUCGGAAAGACUCUUCAGUCAAUUUGUAUCCUUGCUGGAGACCAUUAUGAUAGGAAACAGAAGUAUAAGGAAACAAGGAAAGCAGAUAGUGCACCGUUACCUUCUCUUGUGGUUUGCCCUCCUACACUGACUGGCCACUGGGUUUUUGAGGUAGAGAAAUUCACAUCUCGUAAAUACCUCUCAGCACUGCAGUAUGCUGGUCCACCAGCUGAGAGGGAAAGACUUCGGAAGCAGGUUAAAAAGCAUAAUUUGAUUGUCGCAUCUUAUGAUAUUGUCAGAAAAGAUAUAGACUUCUUUUCAAGCAUUAAAUGGAAUUAUUGUAUAUUGGAUGAAGGUCAUGUUAUUAAAAAUGGAAAAACAAAGUCAUCAAAAGCUAUUAAACAACUUAUAGCAAACCAUCGCUUGAUAUUGUCAGGAACACCUAUACAGAAUAAUGUAUUAGAACUGUGGUCUCUUUUUGACUUUCUCAUGCCUGGUUUUCUUGGAACUGAGAAGCAAUUUACUGCUCGUUAUAGUAGGCCCAUCCUCAUGAGUAGAGAUCCAAAAAGCUCUGCAAAAGAACAAGAAGCAGGAGUUUUGGCUAUGGAAGCACUACAUAGGCAAGUUCUUCCUUUUGUACUCAGGAGGAUGAAGGAAGAUGUUCUUAAGGACUUACCUCCUAAAAUAACGCAGGAUUACUAUUGUGAACUUAGUCCUCUUCAAAAGCAGCUGUAUGAAGAUUUUGCUAAAUCGAGAGCCCAUCAAACCUUAUCGGAGUCUGUGAAUUCAAAUCAACCGCCUAAUACCUCUCAUAUAUUCCAGGCUCUCAGAUAUUUACAGAGUGUAUGCAAUCAUCCUAAACUUGCAUUGAAUUCUAAACAUCCCCAAUAUGAAAACAUCAUAAAACAAUUGAAAGAACAGAACUCAUCUUUGUCUGAUAUCCAACAUGCUGCUAAAUUUCCUGCAUUGAAGCAAUUGUUGAUUGACUGUGGAAUUGGUGUACCCAGUGGAGAGCAAACUGAGGAUAUUGUAGUCAACCAGCAUCGGGCUUUGAUAUUCUGUCAGUUGAAAGCUAUGCUUGAUAUACUAGAAAAUGAUUUUUUCAGGUGUCAUAUGCCAACAGUUAGCUAUUUGAGAUUAGAUGGAAGUGUUCCUGCCAGUCUUCGGCAUUCUGUAGUUACCAGAUUCAAUAAUGAUCCAACCAUAGAUGUACUGAUAUUAACAACGCAAGUUGGAGGACUUGGUCUAAAUCUGACAGGAGCUGACACUGUGAUAUUUGUUGAGCAUGACUGGUCACCAAUGAAAGAUCUGCAAGCAAUGGAUCGAGCUCACAGAAUUGGACAGAAGAAAGUUGUAAAUGUGUACAGGCUCAUUACUAGAGCAACAUUAGAAGAAAAGAUAAUGGGGUUGCAAAAGUUCAAAUUAAUGACUGCCAAUACUGUAAUCAGUGCUGACAAUGCUAGUCUUGAAACAAUGGGAACAGAUAAGCUCCUGGAUCUGUUUUCUUUAGAAAAGCAAGGAAUUGCUGGUAAUUCGAGUGGACCAUCCAGUGCGGGAAGUGGUGGUCAGCUAAAGUCUGUUCUCGAUGCUCUUCCUGACCUUUGGGAUCAGGCUGACUAUGAUGAGGAAUAUGACGUUAGUAAUUUUGUGAAUAGUCUUAGGGACUAAAGUGGUUUCGAUGGUGUGAAUUAAAACUGUAAUAAGAUUGCUCAAUUGUUGUAGUAGAAGAUGGAAGUCAAGUCUCUCUCAAAACUUUUUAUUUUUAUUUCUUUUUUUUUAGUGUACCAGUACAUAUUAUAAUUAUAUAGCUUUAAAUUAUUUUGUCAGUCUAAUUAAUUAUAAUUUUUAUUUAGUAUGUUUAAAUGUCGCUGCUUUGGUUUGAUUGUGAUACAAUUUAAAAAAAGGUUGUUCAUCACCAUGAAGCAAAUAAGCUUAUAAGCUAUUAUUAUACCAAUGGUAUACCAUUGGCUAUGAAAUAUUUUCACCAUUGCUCUUAGUGUCUAAUUAGAAAAAAUGGGAAUGUACAGCUCUCUAUGAUGAAAUUAUACUAUCAUACUAAAGUUGGUACAAUAAAAAAUAUAAUAAACAAACACUUCUGAGUUUUGUCACUGUCAAAGUAAAGCAUCGGUGUGUUAACACUAAGGACAGCUGUGAAUUUAUUCUACUUUAGGUUAUAGGAAAUUAUUUUAAGAGAAUUACGGGAAAUUGUGUUGGUUUGAACACAUCUUUAAUUAUAUUUUUUGUUCUGGAAAGUUAUUUAUGGCAAAAGUUUUAAAUUUUAAUUCUAAGCAGUUUUUGUGUUAUUGUUUUAAGGAAUACAAAAAUCUACUUAUCUCAAUUGAUCUGGAACUUCUAUGAAAUUUGUUAUGUUAUUUCCGUUUUACUUUUCUAAAAACAUAUAUUUUCUCUGACCAUUUUUUAUGAAAGACUUUGGUUUUAAUAAUUUUUAUUAUUUUGUCACAGUUAUAUUAUUACAAUAUAUCUUCCCUGCAAAAAUAUUUUAAAAGGUUUCAAAAUUCAAUGAAAAUAUACUGCUACUAUUAAAAUGUAGAAAUCAUCUUUCAUUUGAUGUUGAAUCAUUGGCUGUCAAUUUUGUAGAUGAUGAGAGACAUUAUAUCAUCAGUUUAUUGCAAAAGUCAGCAAAUAUAUUUUUGGUUGAUUCAAGUUCAAUUCAAGUUGAAAUUUUCAACUUUCAAAUUAGUUUUAAAUUUAAAUAAACUAUUAAAGUUUUAAACUCAUUUAUCAUCAUAUCAUAAAGUUUCAAAUUUAUCAAUGCAAAACUCAUCAAAUCCAUCAGAAUAAUACAAAUUCUAUUAUAGCUUCACUAAGUGCAUGGUGUGAUUUGACUUUGGAACAAUCAUUAAGUAACAUUUUAUUAAAUUAAAUCUCCAAGUAAUUUAAUACUUAAUUUAAUAAAAUUUUACUUACUGAUUUUUCACAAUAAAUUGAUGAUACGUAAGUAAGUUUCAUUAUGUUAAAUAAACGCUUGAAUGCAUAAAAUAAUGAAGAUUAUCAUAGAUGUUAAAAAAUGUUACAUAUUAAUUAAAAUUAAUUAAAAAAUCUGUAUUAUUAACAUUUCUUGAAAGUAAUGUACACCUGCUGAAUCAGCAAAUAUUAUUUAAUUUUUAGUUUUGAAAUUCUGUGAUGUGAAAUUUAGUUUUUAAAAAAUAAAGCCAAAGAUAAGUGAUGAAUGUUUUAAAAUUAUCUGGUAACCAUUCUUCCUGAAAAAAAAAAUUAAAAACCUGAUUUUAGUAUGUCUCAUGUUCUAAUAUUUAUAUCAAUAGAUUAUCAGUAUAAUUUUAAUUCCUGAUUUUUAUAUAUUGGGGAAAACUUUUGGAAUGAAUUUAUAGGUGCUUAUGACCUUAUUUAGUGAUCGCAACUUAUCAAGAUGUGGAAAUAUUUUAUAAAAUGAAGGAAUCAUUAUUGAAUUACAUUUGAUAGAAAUAAUUAAGCCCAAGAUUUGAUAUUUUAUUUUCAUUGCUCCUGUUUUACUGUCAACAUAUUUUAAAAAGCUUUAAUGAUUCUGGAAGAGAAUUUUAUUCAAGUUAGAUUUGAAAGUUAUCCAUUAUCUAAUAUUGAGCAACAAGAUAUAACACUAUUAAACAUUUUUUUACAGUUUACGGAAUAAAAUUUUUGUCUAUUUGAAAAAAAAGGUGUUUAAAGUAUACUAUUUGAAAAAAAAGGUGUUUCAAUGAUCAAUUGUGUUAAUAUUAAAACCUUUUAUUGUGUUAAUAUUAGAGUAAUAUUCGAUUAUUGUAUUAAUUUUUGAGGGCUUGGUCCCUCAAUAUUUUUGGCAAUCCAACUCAAUGAAAUGAUGUUUUAAGUUUUAUUUCCAAACAACUGGUAGUGAAUGUAGUAGGUUUUAUGAACUCAAAUCAUCAAAUAUAAGUUGAGCCACUUUUUGUUUUCGUUACACGAAAGAUUUUAAUUUUAGAUUUAUUAAGUGGGAUAAACAUUGAAUUAUUCUAUAUAUUAGUGAGUAUUUAUCUAUAAAUGUGAUGUGUUGAGUUCAGAUAAACUUAUAUGAAAUUUUGUUGUAAUUACUUAAAACCUAUAUUGUGAUUCAUUAAUGUGAGACCUUGAUUGUAAUUAAAUAAGGCUUCUCAAAUCACAUAAUUUAAAUAUUUUUCUGUACUAGAUCAUUGCACUUAGGUAGACUACUGAAUAUAAUAGUGUUGUUGAAAUUAAUUGCCUAAUUACUAUAGUUAAAAAUUAUAAUUUGAUCCGUGACCAAAAACAAGUGGAAUUGUUUCAUUUAAGUGUAUGCAGAAUGUCAAAGUGGCUCCUAGCUUAUUUUAGAACUUCUAUUAUUUAUUUAAAUGUUUUAUAAUUAUUAAUACACAUUAGUUUCAUUCUACAAUAUUUAUUUGGAUUUUGGAAUAAUUUGUUGUGGUAAAUUAAAGUUUAAUCGGUUUAUUUCAGUUCACUUAUUAAUCAGAAUUAUUAUGCAUGAAUACUGCUUUGUUUUAAGUCGAGUCAAAAAAGUAUAGGGAAUAAUUUUUUAAUCAUAUUAUUUAUCUAGGUUCAUUAUAUUUGAAUAACUUACGGAAUACAAUUUUAUUAGUGUUCAGUCAAUUAAAUUAUUAAUUUAUUGGUUUUAUGUAAUUUUAGCAUGCUUAAUUAUUUUAUUUAACCAUUAUAUAAACAAAUUUUAUCAUAAUGUAAUCCUAGUUAUUUUAAUCUUGAUACAUCACAAGCUUCCAUUUCUUUAAAUUGACACUGAUAAUUUAUCAGUCAGAAUCAUUUUUGACCUAUUAUUAAUUUUUACUGAGUAUUGUAUUGCACUUAUCUACUUUCAAUUUCUACCUCAAAACAUAAUUGUUUUUCUCACAUUUAGCUAUUAUUGUUGUAUUGUUCUUUCCUGUGUUUUGUAAUUAUAUAAAUGUAAAUUAUAUACAAUUAUAUAUUUAUGUUCUAUUUUUAUAUAAGUAUUUUCCUAUUAACGGCCAUAUUACUCGGCCAAUACUAAGGUACGGCCAAACUCGUGCUGAUCAUUUGCCAAGGUGUUCAAUAAUUAGUAUUGUGUAGUACCACACUACUCGACAAUAUACAAUUAUUGAACACUUUGGCAAUAUUUGUCACUUGUAUGGCUGUACCUUUACUUGAAGCUCUUUGUCUUUAUUACCAAAGUAUUACCAUUAAUAAACCCCAGUGUUAUAAAUACUCAUAUUGUACUUUUUAUUUGUUACUUAGUUCUUAUUCUUUUUUGUUGCUCAUUACUCAUCAAUAGAUUGUAAUAUUUCCUAAUAAAGAUAAUAUAUCACAUAUUAAGUGAUAUUUAUUAUUUUUCAAUUAAAUGGUUUUUGUAUUUAUCCUAUAUAUUUUGUAAUACCCUUUAAAAUUGUGAAAUAGAUAUAAAUUAAUUGAAUGGACCACCUAUUUUUAUUGUUUUCCUUUGGUUGCUGUUUCAAGUUAUUUUUGACCAAAUAAUUUAAGAACAGUAGAUACAAUGUUUUAUCAGUAUAUUAGUAGUGGCUGGU